CCGGAAGUUAUUUUAUUUUGGAAGUUCAAUACAAAAACUACGCUAUUAAUAAAAUGAGAAGUGGAUUUCUAUCCGGAAACCACCACCCUGGCAAAAAAACGACCCGGUAGCUUUGAUGUGUGGAAGCAAUCAACCACUCGCCAACUUGUAAGCCAGUAGAUCAAGCGGUUUCUUCAACAUGGCUGACGCCGCCGCCGCGAAACUCGAGGACGUCACCCUAACUGAAAAGGACACCAAGCGUGUGCAAACCCGUUUGACCAAGGCCAGCGGUCCAUCGAUUGUUGACAGCACCAAGAUCGGUCUGCCGUUCACGGUAGAGCCGAACCCGGCGUUCUUGCAACGUCGGAUUGCUGUCUAUGACCGUGUCAUGGCCAAGCAAAAGGAAGAAAUUGCCGCGCAACCGCGCAAGCCCAUCAAGAUCACCCUCCCCGACGGCAACGUGAAGGAAGGCAUCUCGUGGGAAACGACGCCUUUGGACAUCGCCAAGGCGAUCUCGCAAGGAUUGGCGGAAACUGUGGUCGUGGCCAAGGUCAAGUAUGUCGGCAAGCCCCACGAUCCGUUCAGCGUCACCGCCGCCGACAUUGACGGCAACGAAUCCCAGGAGGCCGACACGUGCUGCUGCUCGGGCGGCAGCGACCAAGUGGAGGAAUUGUGGGACGUGUUUCGUCCUCUGAUUGGCGACUGCAAGUUGCAACUGCUCAAGUUCGAAGACCACGAGGGCAAGAUGGUGUUUUGGCAUUCGAGUGCGCACGUGUUGGGCGAAGGGCUCGAAUUGCUCAAGGGCUGUCACUUGACCAUCGGACCUCCCGUGGAAGGCGGCUUUUACUACGACUCGUACAUGGGCGAGAACACGAUCGCCGAAACCGAGUUGAAGGAAAUCGAAAAGCGCGCCGCGCAAGUGGUCAAGGAAAAGCAACCGUUCGAGCGCAUUGUCUUGACCAAGGACGAAGCGCUCGAACUGUUUGCCGACAACGUGUUCAAGACCCAAAUCAUCAGCACCAAGAUCCCCGACGGCGGCAAGACCACCGCCUACCGGUGUGGUCCCUUGAUCGACUUGUGUCGCGGUCCGCAUGUGCCGCACACUGGCAAGAUCAAGGCGCUCGCUGUCACCCGCACGUCGAGCACGUACUGGUUGGGCAAAACCACCAACGACUCGCUCCAGCGUGUGUACGGCAUCAGUUUCCCGGACGCCAAGCAACUCAAGGAGUGGAAGCAUUUCCAGGAAGAAGCCGCCAAGCGCGACCAUCGUCGGCUAGGCAUCCAGGAGGAGCUGUUCUUUUUCCACCAGCUCAGCCCCGGCUGCUGCUUCUUCCUUCCCCAUGGCGCCCGCGUCUACUUCAAGCUGCUCGAGUUCAUCCGAGCCGAGUACCGCAAGCGCGGGUACAAUGAAGUGAUCACGCCCAACGUGUUCAACAUGGAUCUGUGGAAGACGAGCGGCCACGCCGCGCUGUACAAGGACUGCAUGUUUGUGUUUGACGUCGAAGGCCAGGAGUUCGCCAUGAAGCCCAUGAACUGCCCGUCCCACUGCCUCAUGUUCGACCACCGCAUGCGCUCGUACCGCGAAUUGCCCUGGCGCGUGGCCGACUGCGGCGUGCUGCAUCGCAACGAACUGAGCGGCGCGCUCACGGGGCUCACCCGUGUCCGCCGUUUCCAGCAAGACGACGCGCACAUUUUUUGCCGCGAAGACCAGAUCACGCAAGAAGUGCUCAACUUUUUGGAAUUUAUGAAGUUUGUGUACGACGUGUUUGGCCUCAAGUACAAACUGAAGCUGUCGACCAAGCCCGAGAAGGCGCUGGGGUCGCCCGAGUUGUGGGAAAAGGCCGAAGCGCAACUGGCCAGCGCCAUGGACACGUUUGCCGGCAAGGGCAACUGGACUGUGGACCCCGGCGACGGCGCGUUCUACGGCCCCAAGAUUGACUUCACCGUCACGGACGCGUUGAACCGCCAGCAUCAAUGUGCGACAUGCCAGUUGGACUUUCAGCUACCGAUUCGCUUUGACUUGAAGUACCGCAGCGACGGCAGCCAUGCUGGCGAAGAAAACUUUGCGCGCCCUGUGAUGAUCCAUCGCGCCAUCUACGGGUCGCUCGAGCGUUUCAUUGCCAUGAUCACGGAACACUUUGCGGCCAAGUUUCCGUUUUGGUUGAGUCCCCGCCAAGUGCUGAUUGUGAGCGUGGGCGCCGCCUUCAACGACUAUGCCCACCAAGUGCGCGAAGAAAUGUUCUCCCACGGGUUUGAAGUGGAAGUGGACGACUCGAACAAGACGCUCAACAAGAAGAUCCGAGAGGGUCAGAUGUCCCACUUCAACUUCAUCUGCGUCGUGGGCGCCGACGAGCAGGAGAAGCAUGCGGUGAACAUCCGCACCCGCGACAACAAGGUGCACGGCACCAAGUCGGUCGCGGACACGAUCGCGCUGUUCCGCCACUUGGCCGACAACAAGGUCAAGGACGAAGACCACCCCGAUGUCGAGCAAAAGAAGUAAACCCUCGGAACUAAUUCAUGCAAUUUGCACUUGGAA